AUCAUUCUUCUUCUUGCUCUCACUCAAAAUAUUUUUUAUUCGGCGUAGAUCAAACACUCAAUACAUGACGAUAACUACAAUGUUGAAUUUCUUAUUCCCACCCCCACCUUCGCUAUUCGUCACCGCAAUGUCGGUCAUAAGCUUCGUUUCACUCGCAAACGCAGGUUUCGGCGAGGUUAGAGGGAAGCACUUAAAUUAUUCCAAAUUCUGGAACGCCAAUAGUAAUAAUAACAAAAAUGCCACUGGUAAAAAAGAUAUGAAAUUGUCAAGCAAAACUGGUAUGCUUUUGUUGUAUACUCCUGCUUUUCUUGCUGGUGCGGCGUCGUUUUGGAUUUUUCCUCAUCAAAGUUUUAGAUCCACAAUUCUUCAAUCUUCUGUCACAUUUCACUUCUUCAAGCGACUUGUUGAGGUUUUGUUUGUCCACAAAUAUAGUGGUUCUAUGGCUCUUGAUUCUGCAAUUCCCAUCACUCUGAGUUAUUUUCUGUCAGCUGCAACUAUGAUCUAUACUCAACAGCUCACAUUGGAUCUUCCUGAACCACAAAUCAAUCUAUUGUAUCCAGGAAUUGUGUUGUUUGUUGUUGGAGUCAUUGGCAACUUCUAUCAUCAUUACCUUUUGUCUAAAUUGAGAGGAAAAGGUGAAAAGGAAUACAAGAUUCCUAAAGGUGGCUUGUUUGGGUUUGUGAUAUGUCCUCACUAUCUUUUUGAGAUUAUUGAGUUUUAUGGAUUUUCAUUCAUUUCUCAAACAUUGUAUGCAUUAUCUUUCACUAUAGGCACUACUUUCUAUUUGUUAGGUAGGAGUUAUGCAACUAGGAGAUGGUAUCUUUCUAAGUUUGAAGAUUUCCCUAAGAAUGUUAAGGCUAUUAUCCCAUUUUUGUUUUAAAUAUUGCAUGGAAUAAGUAGAUUAUUCUACACAAUUGUGUUGUGAUGUAAGUUCAAAUCUAAGAGGUUAUGCUGCAAACCUUAUUGUUUUGUAAUGUAAUUUCAAAUCUAAGAGGUUAUGCUGCAAACUUUUACAUUGUAUAAAAAUGCGGCUGAUGUGGCCUAAAUUACAAUUGCUAUGCUGUUGCGAAAACUUCAAAAUCUGCAAUAUUGUAACUGUAAUAGCUAUUACGAAUUGCAAUUUAAAAAUAUGGUGGACAGUUAAGUCAGUU